UCAUUCAACCAGAUAAACGCAUCAUUAAAGAAGAAAUAGUCGGUCGGUCUAAAUUUAAACCCAGUCGCAUGGUCACUCCGUUCAGUAUGUGACCGCGUGCGUGAACGAAACAGACAAAACGAAACGUACAAUUUUAAAAUUCGAAUAGAACGCCGUGUUAUUUAAAUUUUAAAUAAAAUUAUUUUAUUGAAUUCUAGAAUUUUGAUAUUAGUCCAUUUUGAAUAAUAAGUGUUUACUCAGUCGUUUUUAUUUUUUGUGGACAUUUUAUUUGUGUUUUGAACGAUGGAAAAAUUUAAAUGCUUACUGUUUUUUGUGGUUGUAAGCUUGUGUUCUUGUGAUGCUUACAAGAUCUUGGCUGUGUUUCCAAUGCCGAGUCCAAGUCAUGGCAUCCUUGGAGACAAUAUGGUCAAACAUCUUCUAAAUGCUGGUCAUGAAGUAACCUACAUAACGCCAUUCGCAAGCAAACAGAAGAGUAAUCCGAAAUUACAUAUAGUGGAUGUCACCGACCAUCACAACUUUUUUAAUACGGAUCUGUUGGACAUCACACAAAUACUGGCAGGGUCAAUGAACUUCAAGGAUCCCAACUUUGUGUUCUCAAUGAUGAUGAACAUAGCUGCGAUGACACUGGAACACCGGAACGUACAGAAACUAAUGAAGGAUCCCCAACAGAAGUUUGACGUCAUCAUUGGCGAGUAUAUGUUUGCUGAUUUAUAUUCCACAUUCCCAGCAGUAUUCCAAUGUCCUUACAUCUGGUUUUCAACGAUUGAGCCUCAUUGGAUGAUUGUGAACUUGGUUCAUGGUCCGAUGAACCCAGCCUAUAAUGGAGACUACAUGUAUGCCAACAUACCACCCUUCAGCUUCAUGCAAAGAGUACAGGAACUAUGGAUCCUGCUGACAGGACUUUAUAAGCACAACAAUGAAUAUUACAAACGAGAAGAAGAAGUCUACCAAAAACAUAUAGUUCCUAUCUUGAAGGAGCAAGGGAAACCAGUACCUGAUUACAAGGUGCUAAAGUAUAAUGCAUCGUUACUGCUAGGCAACUCUCAAGUGGCGAUUGGUAACGCAGUACCACUUCCACCAAGUUACAAGCACAUUGGUGGUUAUCAUAUUGAAGAUGAGGUUAAACCCUUACCAGAGGAUUUGAAGAAAAUAAUGGACAACGCGAAAAAUGGCGUAAUUUACUUCAGUUUAGGCUCCAAUUUGAAAAGCAAAAAUCUACCAGAUGAACUAAAGAAAGGUUUGCUGGAAGUAUUCGGAGGACUGAAACAGACUGUCUUAUGGAAGUUUGAGGAGAAUCUACCGAACCAGCCCAAAAACGUUCAUAUCGUUCAGUGGGCACCACAGCAAAGUUUAUUAGCCCAUCCUAAUUUGGUACUGUUCGUCACUCACGGUGGUCUUCUAUCACUCACCGAGGCAGUUCACUUCGGGGUUCCAGUUAUUGCCAUUCCAGUAUUUGCAGACCAAUUUCUGAAUGCUAACCAAGCCCAACACAAAGGAAUUGGAGAAAAAGUAGAUCUUACUUACAACUUACAUAAGGACUUGAAGGUCGCUCUGGACAAAGUUCUUGCUGAUCUUCCCAGAUAUACUGCCAGGAUGAAAGAGUUAUCUACAGCAUACCAUGACAGUCCAAUGAAGCCGAAAGAAGCGUUGAACUUCUGGGUGGAGCACGUAGUGCGCACGCGCGGCGCCCCACACCUGCGCUCGGUGGCACUACAGGUGCCGCUGUACCAACAAGCGUAUCUAGAUCUAUUAGUAGUACUUCUAGCAGCUGCUGUAGCUAUAUUACUUCUGGUUAAGAAGAUUCUAUGUUAUUUUAAAUCUCAGAAGAGUAUAAAACAGAAGGAGAAUUAAAUUAUGCGAAAUAGAGAAUUAUUAGGUUAUUUAUUUUUUUGUUUUUUACUUAACUAAAGGUGUAGUUGUAAGAUAACUUAAAAAAUAAGAACUAGCUGUGAUUGGUCAUAUCCGAAUUCUGUUACUACUCAAACUUAUGAAUUUAUAUAAAUUGAAUAGUUAUAUAUUGAUAUGUGACAGCCAAAUAUUUGAAUUAUCCAACCUUUAAUUUCUUAUUAAAAUUGUAAGUUGUGUACUACCAGAAUGGUAGUUAAGGUAAGGUUAAGGCUGUGAACCGCACAGAUAUCGAAGAAGAGAUCGAAUGGAGAAGAAUCGAUUGAAGGUCAAAUUUGAUUGAAAGGCAAUGAAUCGAUACAAAUGCUUGGAAUGCUUAUGAUAAUGAAGUUAAUGAUGAUAUUUAUGAAUUAUCUAGAAAUUCCUCUCUCUUUCUUUUGUGCCCUGUCCCUCAAGUCCUUGGAUUCGUCC